AUGCUGUUUUUGCAUGACACAGAAGGUCUGGCAUGGAAGCUCUAGCAUCACAGGUUUCGAGAACCUUCCGCAAUGCCGAAUCCGCAUGACAGGUCCCCUAUUUUGCUGGCAAAAAGUGGGAGCUUUUGCUGCGUAUGCAUGAGAGACUUUUCUGUGUUCUGAAAUACGCAUUACAAGUUGCAUUCUUCCAGACCCAGACAUUUUUACAUUUGGUAACGGAGGGUUUGUUCUGGUUUAACAUGUAUCCUGAGUAAAAACGUACCCACACCAUAGUCAAGAUGGGGAAUCGGCUAGACAAAUCCACAAGUUUUGGCUGUUUUGCAUGACAAAUUUGGAUUCGUAGUGUAGUGCUGUUUGAGCUAGCUCAGCAGCAUCACAGAUCUAGCAUACCAUGCUGAUUGGAGCAUGACAAAUUGCAAAACACGACUAGAAAAUGCUUCUCAUGGGGCUCCGCAUGAGAAACAUUUUCAGCAUGCAGAUUUGCAUUACAACUCUGGUGUGGGUACGUUUUUACUCAGGAUAACAUGCUGCUCAUCAUCCUUGCGCAUUGUCCCUACUUUGGGCAGGCCGGAGUCUACCUGCGGCGCGGCUACGGGUGGUAUCCAGAUGAAAUGCGUCCCUACCGCCCCAAGAAUGGGAUGUCGAUCUAUCUUUGUAUUCGUAAAGCUUCGCGAUUGAUUUGGAUAAACAUGAAACACAAAUGAAGCAUGUGGCACUUGAACGUGAGAGUUUGUAUCAGCAACACAACUCUUGCAAGAUUUCACUGCAUUAUCUUGGAAAAAGAGAACGACAUAAAGUAAAGGUGACGUCGAGCAUGUCAAGGCUGGAUAUAUAAUAAUAAAGCAAAAAGCGGCGCAUACAUCAAAUAGUACAAAACAACAACUUCUUGGAGCGGGGGGGCGCCUCUCAAUAUGAUAGGUGGGAGCAUGUCUUCACGUUCGCCUUCGGGUUUUCUUCUUUGUAUCAGCGUGCACAACCCCCCCACCUGACUUUUUGGCCAUUUUUCAACUCUCCCUUCUGCUGCGUUUUUUACGUAACCGCACUUCUAUUCCCGUAGAGCCUGUAGUGGUAUCUAUCAACAAAACAGUACGGUUAUUUUCCGUGCCUCAUAUUGUGAUUGAUAAUCAUAGUUCCUCUUUCGAGUUUGAACAAGAAGGGGAUUUGGGGAAAAAUUGUGCACCCUGAUACGCCGAUGCUGCUCUGCACGAUUGCGAGCAUCAAGUAUGACAUCGCAAACGACACGGCCUACUACAUUGAGGAUCUGUAUUCCCGUAACCCCGGGCAGAGAGAUCUGGACGCGCGCCGGGCGCUGCACGACCUGACGCACCGAAAGCUGUACGGAUUGGACGUGUACCAGUGGCGCGCGAUGACCCUGUACCUGCUGUCCGUCUCCUUCUGCCACCUGCUCCUGGCCUGCAUGAGCAACCUCGAGCGCCAGACGGACCGCUUUCUCCACGCCUGGAUCGUCUUCGGAAACUGGUUCCUUUACGUAGACCACACACAGCUGACGGACCCCUCCGAUGCAAGUGUCUACGCAGCUGUGAAAGAACCUCGCCCUCAUUCACAAUGCAUUACAUACAGUGACCAACCGCUCAAACCAUGCUUUCUAUAAUAAGUAAGUAUUUUUGUCCUCACGCAGGCAACAUUUCGUCAUGGGCUUACAUCAUGCAAAUCGCGAUUAACAAUUAACAAAAUCAUCGAAGGCUGCUGCAUCAAGUAGGGAUCUUCUAGUACUAUCAAGAGUAACAGAUGAGUACUUAGAUGCAGUGGCGAACGUGGAAUUGUUAGAGGUGCGAGGUUCCUUUUUCCCGGGAUAGUCGGCGCAUGGUGCCAAUUUUCCUGUUCGGCGUGUUCGUGUGCUUCAAAAAGGCGAUGUACCCGGGACGCAGGAAAGUGGAGACGAGCAGCCGGUGGUUCAACGAGAAGGGGCCCGUGCUGUGCGUGUUUCUUUGGCUCUUUUCGGCGGUGAGCAACGUGUUCAGCGCGGUGGUCGAAGAUCGAGACGAGUCCUUCAUUAUGCCCAUGUACCUGAUCUGGUUUGCCAUCACAGGGUGCGCCUUCCUGUCCACCGUGCUGCUCGUGUGCACCGACUACAAGCGGCUCCGCCCGCCCCCCAACAGCUGGCCAAGAUGGAUACAAAAUUCCUUGUUGGUGCGAUGUUUACGUAGGUUUCCGGCACUCGAAAGGUGCUGUUGUGCAUGUUGUCCCAGUUCUUGCAGGAGGCGAGGAGCAGAUGGGGACAUUGAUAGUACAACCCCACCCCAGGAUAAUUCGCAAGGAAGGUACUGAAAAGAGAAAGACUCAGACGCCCUGCAUAGGCUAGGAACAAGAUGAGAAAUAAUGGCAAUUAUUUUACCAAAGACAGUGCGAAAAUUCGUCUGCGGAGGAAGAUCUGGACUGUUCGUUGUUCAUCACUGCAGCCCACAAUAAAGGUACACUUCCACGCUCGUGUCAAUGAAGAUAAAGCGUGUCGCCCAUUUCAUUCUGACCUGAACGU